AUGUCGCGACUUCUCCUCGUAGCCGCUUUCGCCUCUUAUGUGGUCGGCCACGGCCAUAUAUCUAAUAUUAUAGUCAACGGCGUCUCAUAUCAAGGAUGGGAUAUCAGUUCCUUUCCGUACAUGGAAGAUGUACCUUUGGUCGCCGCCUGGGGCACGCCUAAUACUGGAGGAGGGUUCCCGACUGAUGGGUACAGCGCCCCCGACAUCAUUUGCCAUCUUAACGCGACAAAUGGUGAGGGAUCAAUCCCAGUUGCGGCAGGUGACAGCAUCAAUCUCCAAUGGACGGAGUGGCCCGAAACACACCACGGGCCUGUUCUGGAUUACCUUGCAAACUGCGGCUCCAGCUGCCAGACGGUCGACAAGACAACAUUGGAAUUCUUCAAGAUCUCGGAAGUUGGAUUGGUGGACGAUUCCUCCGUCCCUGGACUUUGGGGCACAGACGAUCUCAUUGAGAACAACAGCGCAUGGCUCGUCCAAAUCCCUGAGGACAUUGCUCCGGGAAAUUAUGUCCUGCGCCACGAGCUGAUUGCACUCCAGGGUGCGCACACCGAAAACGGGGCUCAGAACUACAUGCAGUGCAUUAAUCUGCAAAUCACGGGGAGUGGAUCGACCCAGCCAGAUGGCGUUCUCGGCACGGAGCUGUAUACUUCCACGGAUCCUGGUAUCUUGGUUGAUAUCUUCAAGUCCCUGACUUAUACCAUCCCCGGGCCGAGUUUGAUCCCUGGUGCUACUGCGGUUGCCCAGUCGACUUCUGCCAUUACUUCGACCGGAACUGCGAUCGUUCCCAGUGCCACAGUUUCUUAG